GUGAGGCGGGCAUCGUGGGAAUCCUUUCUCUGUGGCGGCAGCCUCAGAAACUGGGUGCUUGCAGAUCACGGUGUUCCGGGCCUCAGGCGACCUAUUUGGGCCCGGGACUGGGAGGAAGGCGCGGAGCAAGGGUGGCUGGUGCAGAGUGGGACAGAUGUGGUCGGCCUUGUACGGGGUCCUACUAUUCCAUCCCACCCCGAGACCCUGCACUGGGGACGUGCAAGGUAGUGGCUUCUGCGCGCCGCAUUCCACCCCACCCCCUGCCUGGGCGCCAAAUGCCCCCUCCUCUCCCCUCCUCAACUCAUGCUCGAGCUGUGACAGGACUGUGGGACUCCAAGCUGGCCAGAUGGCCCCAUCUCUAGCCUCUACGCCCCCCAUUUCACAACUCAUCUAUCUCACAUCCAUACUCAGUCUCCGUAACUUUUUGCCCUCAGAGCCCUGGCUGGAGAGCGCGGGAGAUUGAGCUCCGCGCUUAUCUCCCGCCUUCCCUCGUGCACCGCGCCCUCGGGGCACCUCCCACCACCGACCCCCUCAGCAUUUCUAGGGGCUCCUUCUCAGCUCCCGCCAAAUGUAAAGGACCCCCCAGCCCCCGCCUGCCCACUGUACCAAAUGGAAAAAGUUUUUUUUUUCCUCCCCUGUUUUGCUGCUUCUCAGUAAGUCUCAAGGCCUGGAGUCAGCAGGGCCUUUUAAAAAGCGCCCUUUUUCCUCCAAAACGGUUGUAAAGAAGAAAGCCCUGUUCUUUCUGUUACAAUGAAGUGUUUUAAUUGCAACCCUGAUCUUUCCGAGCUUGAAGUGGUGAAGCCUGAGGACAGUGGGAUAGAAGCUUCCUACAGUCCCGUGUGUUUGGAACCUUCCUGUAAUGACUGUGUUAGAAACCAUGAGAGGUUGUCUUUCAUCGACUCACCAAUUGUGGGACAUGAUAACAAGGAAAAUCAACGCGUACAAAACACACUAGAUAGUUCAAACGAAACAGAAGAGCUAGAGGCCAGUAGACUGUAUGAGGACAGUGGCUACUCAUCUUUCACACAAAGUGACCGUGACGAUGGCAUCCUUAUCCUGGAGAAUUUCAGAAACAGUCCCCAGGCCCGUCUGCUGCCAUCACAGAGCCCGGACCAGCAUCCCAACAAAACCUUGCUGCCUGUCCUGCAUUUUGAAAGAGUGGUUUGCUCAACACUAAAAAAGAAUGGCAAGCGAAACCCUAAAGUGGAUCGAGAAAUGCUGAAGGAAGUUAUUGCCAGCGGGAACUUUAGACUGCAAAAUAUAAUUGGCAAGAAAAUGGGCCUGGAGCACCUAGACAUCCUGGCUGAGCUCUCCCGCAGGGGAUUCGUGCACCUGUUGGCUAACAUUUUGACUAAGCUCAGCGGCAUGGACUUAGUAAAUCUGUCUAAAGUGAGCAGAAUUUGGAAGAAGAUACUGGAAAACAAUAAGGGGGCGUUCCAGCUCUACAGCAAAACCAUGCAGCGAGUCAUUGAAAGCAGUAAGUUGUCACUACAUGCUACAACGAGAGGAUAUGUUGUGGGCAGAGCUGCACUAACUUGUGUUCAAAAGUCAUCGACCUGGGCACCUCCCAAAAAAGAUGUUCAAAUCAAGUCCUCCAGUCAGCGUGGUCAGAGAGUUUCUACCUACAGCCGGCACAAUGAGUUCGUGGAGGUGGCAAAGACAUUGAAGAACAACGAAAGCCUCAAAGCCUGUGUUCGCUGUAAUUUCCCUGCAAAAUAUGACCACUAUUUAGAGCGAGCAGUCUGCAAACGGGAAAGCUGUCAAUUUGAAUAUUGUACAAAGUGUCUGUGUGCUUACCAUAACAACAAAGACUGUUUGAAUGGCAAGAUCCUAAAAGCCAGCUGUAAAGUGGGUCCUUUGCCUGGAACUAAAAAGAGUAAAAAGAACUUACAAAGAUUGUGAUAGAUCAACUGUAGAUCUUGGCUACUUUAAAAAGAAAAAAAAAACUUCAACUUUAAUUUAAGAAAGUAAAAAUAAUUAUGAUGCCUUUUGUGAAUAGAGAAAUUAAUUGUCCAUAAAAAUGCCAAGAUUGACUUAUGAAAAACAAACUGGAUAUCUAUCUUAGAUACUAAGAUAAAAUUGAGUGGACUUUUGGCAAGGGAGGGUUGUGGUCUUUUUAUGGAGUCUUGAGAACAUUUGCUUCAGUAUUCGAGAUUCGCUUUACCAAGUUUGUAUCAUACUUCUAUCAACUUGAGUCUGUCCAUUUAAAUGUUUGUCAAUGUGAGUUUUUUUUAUAUCUGUGAAUACCUGUUUUCAAAUGCCAAAUAAAAUAAUACACAUAAUUUUGUUUAGUUAAAAUAAAUUUAGAGGUGUAAUGA